AUGAAUGUGUGUUCUCCUUCAAAAGUUUAAGGGCCAGCCCUUUUAAGAAAUCCAUUUUAAUAGGUUCGCUCUGUCAGUAUUGUUAUUUCAAAUAUUUCUAAAUCUAUUAAAUCUUAAAUCAAUGAUACUGAUUGCAAGUAUGCCACUUGGUAAUCACCCAAAAACAAAGAGAACCUCUCUCCAAAUUAAUAAAGAGUCGAUUUAGUUAAAAAGAUUAUAGUUCUACUUGAAGAGAAUGAGAAAUCAGCAGAACUCAUUAAAUAGUUUCUAACAAAGGAAUCAAGAUACUAGAAACAAAAAUCAAGUGAUAAACUGAAAUUAUCUCAAUUAAGAGAUGAAGUCGCUAUAAUUAAAGAAUAAUUGAUAUAAACUUAAUAUAUUCAUAUAUACAAUCUAAAAGUUUAUUAUCUACUAUUUAUCUCUCAAAUUAAUAUACUGUAUCAGAAAAUCUGAAUGGAUAAAAUCUUAACAGAGACUAAAUAUUAAGCAGUUCUAAAAGAAUUAGAUUAUAAGGAUUAAUAAAUUGAGAAUAAAAAGGAGACUAUUAUAGCUUAGGAAGAACAUAUUAAAUAAUUGUUAGAGAGAAAUGCUGAAUUAACUGAAUAAUUAAAAUACAAUCAAGAUGAUUUGAAUAAUUUAGGUGAUAUUGAUGAAAAGAUUAAUUUUAUACUAAAUGAAAAUGAGCAAUUAAAAUUAUUAAGUGAUAAAUUACAAGAUUAGCUAAGUGCAUCUGAAGAAUUACUAUUUAGAUUCAAAUAAAAAAUAGAUUAAUUAUAAUCAUAAGAAACUGAAAGAAUGAAGGGGCACUAAAUGGAUACAAAUAAAAGAUAAGAAAUUUAUAAACUAAAUUAGCUGUAUUAUCAGAAGAUAAUGCACGUAGAAGGCAGAUUGUAUGAUCAUCAAUAUAUUUUACAACUCUAUUACUAUUUGAAACUAUCAUUAUUAUUUAUAUUUUAAAUAAACACAAGUUUAUAUUGUAGUUAUGAAUUUGUAGUUCAAAUAUUUUAAUAACCAUUUCAAUUGAUACUUAUAUACAAAUAAGAUAUUCUAGCAAUAUAAUUAUUUAUCUAAUUAAAAUGUCUAUUUUUUUUAAAUAAACAAUUUAAAUAGAUCCUCUAAAAGAAAUGUUAAGUUUUAAUCAAGAUAUCUGAAAAUUUUAUUUGA